AGCGAAAUUCAAAUGCCCCAGCAAUGAGAGCAACCGCCGCUUAGUAACAAGACACUCAGGCACAAAGGACGCAGCAAUGGCACGAAUGCGUUCCAACUUCUCACCCGGAAGGGACGCUUCCAUGCGCACCGAGUCGAGGGUGAUGCCCAGAAACUCCAACCGCGUAACCGGACCAACAGUCUUAGCCUCAGACAGAGGGACACCGAGGGAAAGAAAACACCGUCUCAAUUUGCCCAACGACCCAACACUAUCCCCAGGGGGGUCAACGAGAAGAAAAUCAUCCAGCAAAUGAAUCACCGCUGGAACCCCAACCCUGUUAAGCAGGAUCCAGCAAAGUGCCUCGGAAACAUGAUUAAAAAUACACGGGCUGCUCCGGCACCCGAACGUCAGACGCACACCAAAAUAGUAUUUGGAAUCCCACCUGACGCCAAAAAGAGGCCACUGCGAAGGAUGUAUAGGGACUAUCUUAAAGGCAUCAGUAAUGUCAGCCUUGGAGAGCCAGGCCCCCCUCCCCGCCAACUUAAUAAGUUUAACCGCAUCAUCAACAGUGGCAUAAUGAAGGGAGAAAGGGACCGGUGGAAUGAGACUAUUGAUACUUAACACGGGCCCGCAGCGCGGCGCGGACAGAUCAAAUAUAAGGCGCUUCUUCCCAGAAUAUUUCCCAGUCGCAACACCCAAAGGACUAGUGCGAAACACCGAAAACGGAGAGGAAUCAAACGGCCCCACUAUAUACCCUUUGCUAACCUCAGACGCAACCAACCUAGCCACCGUAUCAGGGUCAGAAACAGCCGAAAGAAGAUUCUUCGCCACAUAUGUAACCUCCGGAUCGGCGAGAACGCCCACCCGAAACCCUUGGGAAAGCCCAGACAGCAGAUGAUCGACAAACACAGAAUUAGGAUGACUAGACAGUUCAGAUGCCAACACACGUAAAUUUAAUGGGGUAGAGGGAUGGAGCUUCAAUAUGUCUUGGAACCAGUUUGAGGUUGACCCCGAGGCUUCCGGCGAGGGGCGGGGCGCCGUGGGCAGACCGACCUGGGAUGAGCAUCCCGACAAUCGCUGCAGAUGUGAAGAAAACAGCAAUUCCCAUAAGUACACACACCUUCAUUAAAAUUAUUACAAAUCGGAUUAUUGUUGGACGUAUGAACCUGGCGCCCCCGAGCAUCCACUCCAGACACGGGAAACCGCAGACCGCCACGGUGCGACUGGGCCGGGCCGGUUGGCUGCCCCACACCCCCAGGGCAGAGCGAAGCAACAUGUCCCGCAGCCCCGCAGUGAGAACACAAAAUAGCUUGAGCACCCCCCACGACCAUAACCAGGAUCUCAGUGUCCAGAAUUGACCAGUCCAGGCGAACGUUGGCACGGGCAAUAUGAGCGGCAGCUUUCCCGGAAAAAGCUCUAUGGUACUGCCAAAAAUAGUUCCGCCCGUACCUCAGGAACAAAUCGCCCACCAACGCCAGGUACGAAUCCAACUCCACCCUCCGGUCGGGGUACACGGAACAAAUAACGUCCCGAAAUAUACCAAACGCCACCACGAACUGCCCAAAGGAAAGAUCCUUGUUCAGCCGAGGGUCAGCGGACUUAACCACCGCCGAAAACCCAUCCCCCGCCACCAGAGACUUAUCACACUCCGGGGACGGCAAAAUAAGACUCACCAGAUUAACAUCACCGCUGGCACAGACAGGGAAGCCAGAGCGGUAGUAAUAGUACCAGACACGCCGCCACCCGCCAUGCUCUCCACAGCCCGCAUCCUAGCCUCCAUGGCCUGCAUCGAGCCGGCGAGGGACUGCAGUGACGCGAGGAUGAGGCCGGAAUCCGAGGAGCCCCCCGGAACAGCCGUAUCAGCCGGCUGGCUGAGUGCCGCCGCAGCUCUCCUCUUCGCCGGGCCCUGGCAGGCGGAUCCGCCUUCUUGGUCCGUUUCGACCACGACCAACUGGCAGCGGGCGCGGCCACAGACGGGGCUGGCGACAGGCGCCGCGCGAAGCAGCCAGCUCCGGAAGCUCCGUACAAACCAGAACUGGAACGCAACCAAGCCACAAACCCGCAGCAUCACCCAGUGGUCGGAGGACGCCAACACACAGCUGCAGGGCUCUUUCGCCUGCACCUACUGCAGCGUUUUUCAGGGAAGUCUGGAUGAGUAG